AAAUAUGCGUCGAUGAUUAGUUAAAGAAUUCUUUAAUGAUUUUCAAUUAGUUUGGAUGAUUUUAUAUUUUUGAUCGCGUGGUCUUCAGGUGUCGUUUUUAAGUGAACUUUUUUUGUUCUUCUGCUCAGCUAAGCUUCGAACCAGGAUUUAAUUUGAACAAUCGAGCAAAAUAUUGAGUUGCGAUGCAGCUUGCAUCGAGAAACUCAUCUCCUGUAUUGUACAAAACAACUUGUACCUACGAGCUCGACGAAUCAACGGCCCAAAGUGAUCGUUCAAAUCUCUCUCCUUUCCCCUAUAAACCAUACUACAGAUCGAAUCUUCCUCAAAGAACUAGCGGUUCAUUCAACAUAGGAAGUAAACAAUACAUCAAUCCAUCACCAGUAAAUAAACGACCGAAUACCAGAGAUUUUUCGGAAAUCAGUUACGGAAAUCGACGUUUCGAUGCAGAACGCUCUCGUUUUGACGACCAGAGGUCAAAGUCAAGCGGAUACUUGAACGAAAAUGAUGAUCAAGCAAGUGGUUUUCAGUACCAAAAAUUGAAAUCAAUUUACGACAAGCGCAAGAGUCAUUUUGUUCAACGCCAGAGUUCAUUGUUUAAACCUUGGUUUCCCAAAUACGAUGAGUUUGAUCUCGUUUCAAAAAGUGGAUUUUAUGCUUCGCAAGGAGAAUUGCCGAACGCCAACGAAGAAAAUGGAAUUCAACUGAAGUAUCUACACACGAAAACUCCAAUUCAGAACUGGACAAGUUCAAGAUCAAUUCGUGGAAACUAUUUUUCGAAACUUAACGAACAACAACUGCCAAAGCAGCAGCAACAACAACAAAAACAACCAGAUGCCAUAAUUAUAACUUCGAUAGGCCAGCAAAAACUAUGUCCGGUUCACAAGCGAAUCGUUUCCAGGCACAAAUCUAUGGACUCACUUCAAUUCAACAGAGUCCAUAGUGGUCCAUACAACAAUCCAGAUGAUCGAAAUUGCGAUGAAUCGUCGCAUACAGAAGCUCGGAAUUGUCUGAAUCAAGAUUUGGACGGGAAUUUUAGGGUCAAGUUUCAGCCCAGUUCUAAUCGAAGCUCUCUUCAAAGUUUAAAUACUUACGAAUAUCCGCCAGAUCCCGAGACCAAUUUGAAUGUCGGAUUUCAAACAAAUCAGGAGCGAAAAUUCCAGAACAGUGAACAAGAGUUUGAGCCGAAAUCUGUUCAGCGUAAAACCAGUUACAGUCGUUUUUACACUGAGAAUGCUCUAAAAGCACAACAGAAUAAUCUAGAAGUUUCUAGAAACAAAUCAAAAUCAGCUGCGGAUUUGGACCAAUCAAAAGACACAAUCAUAAGUGCUCACAACGACCAGGAAAACCCUAAAAUAAACAAAUUUAUGGACAGCGAAAAAUAUGCUAAGACAAUUGGAGAUGAAAAAAGUUUCCCAAUAAGCGGAAGAGCAGAAUUCUGGGGAAGGGGAGUGGAAGAAGGGGGACUUCUCCACCGGAGGGAUCAAAGGGAAUCUAUGGAAUCAGGGUACAGCACACAGGAGUCGCUUGUUAACCAGAAGACUGCAAUGCAAGAUAAAGUUACGACAACAUCCAAUCCAUCGUCCUUGAUCUGUGGCAAAAGAAUAAGGCCAAAAUGUUCCGUAAUUGUGGGAGGAGCAUGUAAUGCAGGGCUCAUCAUCGCUAAAAGAUUACUCAGAAAAUGUCACCAGGUUGUGAUACUGGACAUCAACCAGAAAAGAGGUCAAGAAUUAAUUUCAGAGUUGGAGUCUAAAAACGGCUCUGGAAAAAUUGGCUUCAAAUUAUGUGACUCAACUGACAACGAAAGCUUAAAAGAUUGUUUCGCAGACAUCAGAAGUUUGUUCGGCGACAUUGAACUUCUGUUCAACUUGGUCAGAGAUGUAUCAGAGAAACACACAUUGGAACAACAACUCAACAUUAACAUGAUGAGCAAAAUACAGAGUGUGUGGCUUCUGCGUGAGUUCGGGAACAGUUCUUCCGUCGCAGUUCUACUAACCUCAUCUGCAGGAAUCUACCCACUUGACAAUGUGGUAAUGAACACAGCUUCUUCUGCUCUAAUCGGAUUCACAAGGACAUUCGCGAAAAGCGGUCAUAUUCUCCGAGUGAACACAAUUUGCAUUGAAGACAAAGUGUCUCCCGAAUUGACAGCUUCGGCCAUGAUCAAAUUCGCAGAAGACCGCAGCAGAAACGGACUGGUUAUUCUAGUGUCCAAAACGAAAGGACUCAAAUACAUUGAACCACCUACUAGUGUGUAGAUUGAAGAGAUUAUUGACUCUAGCAAGUUAUUUGGACAGCCAAUGAAAAACAAAAAUGAGUUGAAAAAUUGUUUCGAGAAAAGUUUCAGAAUCAAAUUCUCUAUUUUUCAUUCUAUUGAAAGUGAA